AUGGCGGCUUUCGACCAUGUUCACAACAUGUACGACGUAUCUCUGAAGCCUCGAUUGCUCCGUUCCUUGCUCAAAGACCACGUUCCAGAUGAAAAACACCCGUUUCGAAACCCUUGGGAGCUCUCACACGUCGUCUCUGCAGUCAAGACUCAUCGACUAUUGUCCGAGUUUGCCACAGACUCGACCGAUCAAAAGCAAAUCGAAAACUGGAAAUCAGCUGUUGAUGCAUGGGUCAAUCGAUUGCUCACUCUCGUUUCUAGCAACAUGCCAGAUAAGUGUUGGGCUGGACUAUGUUUGCUAGGAAUGACAUGUCAAGAAUGCAGUUCUGAGCGCUUCUUGGCGUCGUAUUCAGUUUGGUUUAACAAGCUCUUGUCACAUAUUCAGCUUCCUGCAGAUACACAUUUUGUGAAGUUGGCUUCUUGUGCUUCAAUAUCGGAUCUGUUCACAAGGUUGGGUGGAUUUCCAAAUGCAAAGAAAGAUGGGACUUUGCAAGCCACAAAACUUAUUCAACCACUUUUGAAGCUAUUAAAUGAGGAUAACUCUGAUGCCGUAUGGGAAGGAGCUGUCUGCUUAUUGUGUACCAUUACAACUAUCUUUCCAUCUUCUAUUCAUCGUCAUUAUGAUAGUGCUGAAGCUGCUAUUGUCUUAAAGAUCAUGUCAGGGAAAUGCAAUGCUAGUAUGCUGAAGAAGCUUGGUAAUUGCUUGGCAUUACUUCCAAAAUCAAGAGGAGAUGAGGACAGCUGGUCUUUGAUGAUGCAGAAGAUAUUAUUCUUGAUAAAUAUUUACCUGAACGAGGCCUUCCAAGGUCUAGAAGAAGAAAGCAAAGGUAAUGAGGCUAUGAGGGUAUUGCUUCCCCCAGGAAAAGAUCCCCCUCCUCCUCUUGGCGGCCAGACAAUUUUUGGAGAAGCCUCAAACCAAGCAACAAAGAGGCCUGAGCGAUUGCUUAUGUCCAGAGUCUCUACCCUAAUGCUUUGUUGUUGUACAAUGCUUACAAGUUCUUACACAGUUCAGGUAACUAUUCCUGUUCGGCCAUUACUAGCCCUUUCAAGGAGAGUGUUGAUGGUGGAUGGCUCCUUGUUACAAGCCUUAUUUCCCUUCACAACAGCCUUGCAGCAAGAAUUUAUUUGCUCAGAACUUCCAGCUUUGCAUUUGUACAGUUUGGAACUCCUGUCUGCUGUUGUAAAGGGACUGCGCAGCCAACUAUUACCUCAUGCUGCGGAUAUUGUGCGACUACUUGCAGAGUAUUUCCGGAGAUGUGCAUUGCCAGAGUUAAGGAUAAAGGUCUACUCAAUCAUGAAAAAUUUACUGAUAUCCAUGGGGGUUGGGAUAGCUAUAUAUCUGACCCAGGAAGUCAUCAGCAAUGCAGUUGUUGAUUUGGAUACCAGUGGCUGUGAGAGUGGUGGGACAUGUUCUGGGGCAUACUCUAAGGUCCCCACCGAGACAAGGGCACAGCCUUCUCAGAGGAAAAGAAAGCACGCGAGUACAACUAGGUCCCUUGAAGAGCAGCCUGAUAGAGUUGGGUUGGAAGUGGAAACGCCCCAACAUGAGACUCCGCUAUCUCUGAAAAUAGCUGCUCUCGAGGCGUUGGAGGCUCUCCUAACUGUGCAGGGUGGUUCUUUGAGAUCUGAGAGUUGGCGAUCCAAAAUCGACAAUCUUCUUAUAACUGUAGCUACAAACUCUUGUAAAGGGGGCUUGGCCAAUGAGGAGGAAAGUGUUUUCCUUUCCAGUCAAUUUACACCGACUUGGGCAGAUUUUCAGUUUGCAGCCUUACGAGCACUUUUGGCGUCUCUUCUUUCUCAUGCUCGUGUUCGGCCCCCAUAUUUAGCCCAAGGUCUUGAGCUUUUUCGUAGAGGCAUGCAAGAAACAGGAACACAGCUUGCUGCAUUUUGUGCGCAUGCUCUCUUGACCCUGGAAGUGCUCAUACAUCCCAGGGCCCUCCCACUAGUAGAUUUUCCGUCUGCGACCGAAUAUUCCUUUGAUGGACUAAACGGCAGUUACCGAGAGAAUAUGUACACAAGUGGUCAGAGAGAAAACACCACAUUUCCCGUUACCACAGUGGGAAAGGGACCAGGUGAUCCCGAGUCUGAAGAUGAUGACCUCUAUGAAAAUUGGCUGGGGAUUGGUGAAGAAAUCGUGUUUCCAAUGACUGAACAAGGAAAGGAUACAAAUCAGCCCAAAAAGCCCUUCAAAAUUUCUACAGAUCCUUUUGUAGAAAAGCUGGUUUCUGUAGAUGCUUUGUCAGGUGCAAAAGUUACUAAAGAAAAUGAACUGGAGGUUUCAACAGCUGUUGCUGCUGAGGGAACACUUGGAGAUGGGGAUGAAAUCAUGGUUGAGUCACAGCAAUCUAAAGAAACCAUUAAGCAGUUUGGCAAACCCAUGCGCCAUGAAGGUGAAAGGGUUGCAGGUUUUGUUGAUGGCUCCACAAAUGCUCAGGCUGGCACGGUUGUUUCACAUAGUGGUGCAUUAGGUCCGAUGGAGAGUGAAAUGGCACUUGGAAACGAUGGCUUGGCAACUAAAGGUGAUGGGUUCCCUAUAAUAGGCGAAAAAACUUCUGAUGCUGUAUCGGGUAAGGACAUGUUAAUGAGGUGUGAUAAAUCCACAAUGGGUGAAACAAGUUAUGGUACGACAUCAAAUUCAGAGGGAAGCAAGGGGUUUGUGUUUGAAAUGGACAAUGAAUCCUCUAUGGACUCCCUUCCUGAUAUAGUGGACGCUGAUCCGGAUUCUGACUAGAAGUAGGGUUAAUUUAGGGUGGCAUACAUGGCAUUCUGCAAUGCCUGAGGGAGGUUGUAUUUAGUGUUCUAGCUUAAGUGUGAAUUGUGAAAUGACAAGUUUUGAUAUCUCAAAGUAAUUU